AUGGACAUCGACAGCCGUGACGAGCGGGCGGCUGCGACGCCUCCCCUCAAGCGCAGGAGGGCAGACGAUGACACCUCGCGGCGUUCGGGCUCGCCGGAUGGCGACGCGCCGAGACGCGGCCACCCCAUAAUCCGCAGACGAAGCUCGACGGACAACGAAGCAACCAACGGCAACGAGUAUCCCUCGUCGCGUCAACGCCCCUCGCGGUCGCCGUCACCCUCCCGCUCCCGUUCGCGGCGGCGCUCUAGGUCGCGGUCCAGCUCCAGCUCUCGGACGCGCUCAGAAUCCGCGCCGCAGUCGCGCACCAGAUCCCAUUCCCGCCGCCGCUCUCCCUCUCCGAGCACCUCAGACCGCACCCGCUCCGAAUCCUACUCUCCGAGGCCGCGACAAGCGCCUACCCCUCCGCACGAACCUCUCCGGCCAGACUACCGGCCUAGACUCGUCCUACAUGGCCACACGAAGCCUGUCUCCCAAGUGCGGAUAUCGCCCAAUGGCCGGUUCAUUGCCUCGGCGUCGGCAGACGCGACGCUCAAGAUCUGGGAUGCCGCGACCGGCGCGCACAUGGACACUCUUGUUGGACACAUGGCGGGAGUCAGCUGCCUCGCUUGGACUCCCGAUAGCAAUACUCUUGCCAGCGGCUCCGACGACAAGGCCAUUCGGCUGUGGGAUCGCGUAACCGGCCGGCCCAAAACGACGACGCGCAAGUCGAGGGCAGGCCAGGAGAUUGCCGCCCUGCGAGGCCACCACAACUAUAUUCACUGCCUUGCGUUCUCACCAAAGGGCAACAUUCUGGCCAGUGGAUCUUAUGACGAAGCAGUGUUUCUCUGGGAUGUGCGGGCCGGGCGACUUAUGAGGAGCUUGCCUGCUCAUAGCGACCCUGUGAGCGGCAUCGACUUUUGUCGCGACGGGACACUGGUCGUCAGUUGCUCAACGGAUGGUUUGAUCCGAGUUUGGGACACAUCUACAGGCCAGUGCUUGCGUACCCUUGUCCACGAGGAUAAUCCCGCCGUAACGAAUGUCUGCUUCUCUCCCAAUGGCCGCUUCGUCUUGGCCUUUAACCUGGACAACUGUAUACGCCUAUGGGACUACGUGGCGGGCACCGUCAAGAAGACGUACCAGGGCCAUCGCAACGAGAAGUUUGCCAUCGGCGGCUGCUUCGCCGUGCUCGACGGUGAGCCCUUCAUUGCGUCGGCCAGCGAGGACGGCGACAUUGUCCUAUGGGACGUCAAGAGCAAGGAUAUACUACAGCGUGUGCCGGGCCACAAGGGCAUUUGUUUCUGGGUGGACGUGCACGGCGAAACGAUGGUGAGCGCUGGCCAGGACAAUACCGUGCGGGUGUACCGCCAUAGAGGGAACAGUAACGGCACCAACGGGGUGGUGGACGCAAGCAAGGCCGGCUCUGAAAAGCUGCUAGGGGAGUUGCCCAUACGGCAGGAAGACGUCAAGGCUGAGAAUGCCUGA